AUGACUUUACUCCCACCGUCAGCCGAUCGCCUCACCGAAGAAUUCGCCCAACUUCAGGAGAGAAUGGAACGCCUGCAGCAGAAGUUGCGAUCAGCUUCGAAUCAUGCCGAUCCGCCUGCAACCAGCAUUCCCAAAUCGCAACCACUAAUGUCGCAAGGCCUGCCAACUUCCAGAUCCCAACAUCUGCUAGUUCCACCGCUGCAGUACCAGCCAAUUCGUAGCCAACCGGCAAUUACUUGGAACCCUCGGUUGUUCGCUAGCACGCGGACGUCCACCCUGCCGUCUAGGACAGAAACCCCGUUCUUGGAGCUGCAGGCAGCAGUCAUCGGCGCAAGGCUAGCAAGAACAGUCAUGGAGAACCAUUCACUGAAAAUUGCUAAACGUGUACUGUGGACUGACUCUAGCACUGUACUCUCCUGGCUGCGGUCAGAUGUCCGAAAGUAUCGACAGUUUGUAGCUCAUCGGGUCUCAGAAAUUCUAGACCUUACGACAGUAGACGAAUGGCGUUGGAUUCCCACUCGUCUGAACGUGGCUGACGAUGCAACAAAAUGGGGAAAAGGACCCCAAAUUGACGAAAGCAGUCGUUGGUUCCGAGCUCCAGAUUUUUUGUACUAUCCUCCGGACACCUGGCCUCUACAAGAUACACCUGUUCCCAGCACAGUCGAAGAAAUUCGUCCAGUUCAUGUGCACCGAGAAGUAUCGAAGUUUCGACUGAUAGACUUUGGGAGGUUUUCCAAAUGGGAGAGGAUGCUGCGUUCCAUCGCCUACGUCCAUAAAUUCAUCAGCGUGUUGCGUCAACGAAUUGAGGGUGAAUCAACUACGAAACGACUCAACCUGUUGAGCCAGGACGAUUUGGUGAAGGCAGAAAUGAUAAUUUGGAAGCAGAUUCAACUCGAUCAGUAUGCCGUGGAAAUAGUCAAGAUGCGAAGAAAUCAGCAACUCCCACCAAACCAACGAGAACAUCUAGAUCGAAACAGCAAACUUCGUCAAAUUUCUCCGUACUUGGAUGAACACGGUGUGGUUCGUAUGGAAUCCAGAAUAGCAAAUGCGGUUCACUUCACCAGGGAUUUCAAAUAUCCAGUCAUCCUUCCAAAGGACCAUCCCGGAACGAUGCUAGUGAUCGACUGGUAUCAUCGGCAGUAUCAGCAUCACAGUAACGAAACGGUUGUGAACGAAAUGAAGCAGAGAUAUCACGUAUCGAGACUGAGAGAAGUGUUGAAGAAGGUCAAGAAGAAUUGUAUGUGGUGUAAAGUUCACUCGGCAACACCGAAGGUUCCGAGAAUGGCCCCGUUACCUGUAGCAAGGAUCACACCACAUGUAAGAGCGUUCACCUACACGGGGGUCGACUAUUUUGGACCGCUGCUCAUCAAACAAGGCCGCUCGGAUGUGAAACGUUGGGUAGCUCUCUUUACCUGCCUGACGAUACGAGCUGUCCAUUUGGAGCCGCUCAAAGCAAGCUCCAAGCAUAACAGUGAGUUUCGCUGUGGGAAUCCGAACGUCUACCUCUCCAACAACUGUGGAUGGCAAGAAUCCACCAAACAGAGUAACCCCAAUUCAAUGUGA